GGGACUGAAAGAAUGCAGGGCAAAUGGAUAGAAUCAUCGUGUUAUUUGCACUUUUACCUCUAACAUCUGCUUCAAACGCUCAUCACUCUUUGUCGUUGUUUUCAACUUACAUUGAGGUAGAAACACAAUUUCCUAAAUUUAGUUACAUAACAACUCUGGAUGACAUCACAGUUGGAUACUAUAAUUCAGAGACUUAUUUUCCAGAAGGGAAUACGACGAAAGAGGAUGAUGUGAUUGAUUCAGAUUACAUAAAGGGUAUAAAUGACUAUAUGUAUAACUCCUUCGUGAGACGAUCUGCACUAUUAAGGCAACACAACCAAAAUGACAGUCUUAAUGUUUAUCAGACACUGGUUGUCUGUGAACUGCUGGAACUUGACAAGCCUGGAAAGAUGCUUACUAAAGAUCCCGCCGGAGGCUGCACCACAGAUGAGCUGUGUUACUUUAACAACCACUUUACUUAUACUGCGACUGUAAAUAUUACACAAGAAGUGCUCAAACCCCACCUGGAAGAAUUCAAGCAGAAAUAUGAAAAAUUCUAUCACAAAGUUUGUAUAGAUACUCUCAGGAAUUACCUCAAAAAGAGACAAAAUGAAGUAAAUAGAAAGGAGAAACCCAGAGUCAGAUUCAUUCAGAAAGCAAACUCAGAUUCUGGAGGGAUUUGUUUGAGUUGUUUGGCAACAGGAUUUUAUCCUAGUCACAUCAACCUGACCUUGUUCAGAGAUGGGCAGCCUGUAGCUGAUCAUGAGAUCACUGGAGGAGAUCUGCUGCCCAAUGCUGACGGGACGUACCAGAUGAGGAAGAGCAUGGAGAUCAGUGCUGCAGACAAACACAAAUACACCUGCUCUGUCACACACCUCAGUCUGGACAACAAACUGGACGUCACUUUGGAAGAUGCACCUUCCAGUUAUCACAUAGGUGUUCUGCUAUCUGGUGUUGCUGUCCUGCUGUUGCUAUGUGUGAUUCUGCAAUAGCAAUAGCCAUUUGCAUGACAAGUCGAGCAGAAAGACAGAGAGAUGCUGAAGGUGUUUUGUAAUCUUCUGAAGACAUUCAUCCUAUUUGCAAAGAGGUCAAACCAUC